AUGGCGCAAUCAGGCUCGGCGCUGCACGCAUGGGGGCGCGAGCGCGCGGUGGAUGCGCUGGGCGUGCUGGAGCGCAUGGCGGCCAUCUCGUCGGAGCGCGGGGGGCAGUCGGGCGGAGUGGUGACGUUCGUGCGCACCUGGCGCGACGAUAUGGCGGGCGUGCGCGUGCGCGCCAAGCCCGCCAAGCGCCAGUCGCUCUCGCACCAGCUCAUCUCCAAGUUCCGCGCUGCAAUCUUCCUCAACAGCCUCUCCGACUCCCUCUCCUUCUUCCUCGCCCUCCUCGUCCGCCCCUUCACCUACCUCCUGCAAGCCCUCCGCCUCUCCCCACCACCUCAAGUUGCUCCCAGCCAGUCAGCAGCAGCAGCAGCGCGAGAGGGUAGCACGGGGAAAGCAGGUGACGACAGUGCGUCCUCUGUGCACGUGUUUCUGGGGCACACGCGCUUUGCCACGUCUAGUGUGCCGUCUGUGGGGGAGACCCACCCACACCAGUGGGUGCCGGAGAGGCGCCUGCCCCUGUGGCGCGUGCAUGCUGCCACGGGCGCUAUCACCUGCGCGCCCACCAACGUGGGCGUGUAUGUGACUCACAACGGCGACUUCGAGUUCUGGAACCUCUUUGGCAGGGACCGCACGCAUUCGGAGAUGGGGCCGUGGCUGGAGGUGGUGUUGGAGCGCGACCAGCCAGCGCAGUGCGACAGUGUCAUGAUCGCAGGCCUCAUGGACCUCCUCCGCACCCACGCCCUCUGGUUGCCCUCCAUCCGCCUCGCCUUCCACCAGACGGUGGUGAUGUCGUACGAGGAGGUGCUGUCGCCCCAGGCGUCGCACCCCCUGCCAUGCCUUGCGGACCUUGCCCCCGUGGCUGCAGCAGCAGAGCGCGCCAUGGCGCAUGUGGUGCAGGGCAUGCAGGGCAUGGGUGCGGUGGGGGGAGGUGCUGCUGCUGCUGCCAAGCCUGCCCCACGUGGUUCAGCAGUGACAGCACUGCGAGCAGCCAUGGCAGGGAGAGAGGCGCUUCUAGUGGACGCCAUCCUCGCUGCCCUGCACUCCCGCCCCCUGCCCCGCGCAACCGCCUCCCCUGCUGCUGCUGCUGCUGGCGGUGACAGCGACAGUGUAGCAGUGACUGUGGGUGCAGCUGUGGUGGAGGGUGAGGGCGAGGGCGAGGAGCUUUCAGAGGAGCCAUCACUGCUGGGGAACGGCGGGGAUGCGCAGGGGAGGGAGCAGCAGGAGCAGCAGCAGGGGGAGGCGCAGCAGAAUGAAGGGGGAGAGCUGCCGGAGUGUCUGUCAGGGCUGUCAGCGGCGCUGCUGCAGGUGUUUGUGCGGCAGGCGGUGGCCAACUUCCUGGACAAUGAUCUCUACUGGGCCGCCAAGAAGUUCCUUGAAAACGCCAAGGGUUCGUUCGGCAUGACAACGGCAUGCACAGCAGACUGCGAUCGAGUGGUGCUGGCAGCACGCAACCAGCCACUGGCCCUGGGCUUCGCCCCCCACUCGCGCACCGUGCUCUUCUCCUCCGAGUCCCACUCCCUCCUCACUCCCCUCUCACCCGCCCCUGCUCCUGCUGCUGCUGGAAGGGGAGCGGCAGGGGGCGGCAGCAGUGGGAGGAGGAUAGCAUACCGUGUGGACCUGGAUGAGUCUGAAGGGGAGGUGAUGGAGGUGGUUAUGCGAGGACAGGGGAACAUGGGGGGUGCGCAUGGCACGGGUGGUGGAAGCAGGGGAGGCGCUGCCAAUGCAUCAAGCACAACAAGCCCGUCACCACAGUACGCACUCACAUGCGCUUCUCACUCACAUGCGGUUCUCACUCACAUGCGCUUCUCACUCACAUGCGCUUCUCACUCACAUGCGCUUCUCACUCACAUGCGCUUCUCACUCACAUGUGCUUCUCACUCACAUGCGCUUCUCACUCACAUGCGCUUCUCACUCACAUGCGCUUCUCACUCACAUGCGCUUCUCACUCACAUGCGCUUCUCACUCACAUGCGCUUCUCACUCACAUGCGCUUCUCACUCACAUGCGCUUCUCACUCACAUGCGCUUCUCACUCACAUGCGCUUCUCACUCACAUGCGCUUCUCACUCACAUGCGCUUCUCACUCACAUGCGCUUCUCACUCACAUGCGCUUCUCACUCACAUGCGCUUCUCACUCACAUGCGCUUCUCACUCACAUGCGCUUCUCACUCACAUGCGCUUCUCACUCACAUGCGCUUCUCACUCACAUGCGCUUCUCACUCACAUGCGCUUCUCACUCACAUGCGCUUCUCACUCACAUGCUCUCCUCACCGCAUGAGCCUCACCACACCUUCUUACCAACCAAGGGGCUCAGUUCCUGCAGCGCAAGCGGCUCAUCCCAUUGGGCAGCAACCCUUUUCCUGGAGGCAGCACUACACGCCCUCCCCCCUGAAUCUCCUUCUCCUCUUUCACCCUCGCCCCGCCUCCCCCUCCUCCGCAUGCCCAUCCCACAGGGGCAGUUCCUGCAGCGCAAACGGCUCAUCCCAGUGGGCAACAACCCCUUCCUCGCAGCAGAUGACGAGGACACUCCCACUGACGAUCUGCAUGCUGCCUGGGGCCCUGCUGCCCUCUGCUCUGCCACCCCAUCUCCCCCCCGUGACCUUGUGGAAGCAGACCUGAGGGCCAUACCCCGCGUGCUGGAGUCCAUAAGGGCGGACUGGGAGGACGCGCGGUCCCUCAACCGGCGCACAGCAGCAGCGCUGGUGGCCAUGCUGCAGGCCAAGGCGGAGGCGGCGGUGGCGGCGGGGGAGGCGGCGGGGGGCAUGAGCCGCAAGGAGAUCGACGUGCUUGUCACGGGUGUUGAGACGUCGCUCUGGGUGGGCGAGCAGUUCGCUGCUGACCUGCAGAACUGUACGUACGCCUGCUUGCUUCUCCUUGCUGCUCGUCCUCGCUUCUCCUUGCCUCUCCUCUCCUUUCCCUACUUCGCAUCUCCCACCUCGCCUCCCUUGCUUCACCUCUGUCCCUUCUGA